AAAAGUCCAAAACAUCAUUAAAAAAAAGUUUAGGUCCUGGCUGCUCCUGCUGUCCUGCUGAACAACAAAUUUCACCGUUGUGAUUUUUAAAAUAUUAAAUCUAUUUAUUCACACUCGUUAAACCCGUAUUUCCAAUUCCUGUAUUGCAAUUAUGUCUACGUUUAUCAAACGUAACGUAAAGAAUAAAUUCGCUAGAAAACGCAAACAAUCGUCUGAUUCCGCCGAAGAUGAGCCGGAGUCGGCAGUAAUCAUCAACCAAGAUAAAAGGAAAAAAGCCAAUCCAAAUGUACAAAGCACAUCAUCUCUGAAGCAACAUCGAAAAGCUACACAGAAUGCUUCUAGUGAAUCUGACAGUGACGAUGAGGACCGUACUGUAGGGGUCAGCUACAAAUCAAACCGGAAUGCUGCACCCGCUGGACCCCAUGAUCAGGGAGCAACCGCAGAGCUGGAGAUUGAAACUGAAAAAAGUCACGACGCACAGGCAAUUUACGAGAAAAGUAUAGAAAUCAACAAGGAACUGGAAGGCAAAGAAGAUGACAAAGUUUACCGCGGAUUGAACAAUUACACACAGUUUUAUAAGAAAAAGGACAGCGCUCUGGGGAAUGCUGCUUCCGGUAUGGUACGCAAAGGUCCUAUUCGAGCUCCGGCGAACAUCAGAUCCACGGUCCGGUGGGAUUAUCAGCCUGAUAUCUGUAAAGACUAUAAGGAAACUGGGUACUGCGGUUUCGGAGAUAGUUGUAAGUUUUUGCACGAUCGUAGCGACUAUAAACAUGGCUGGCAGCUGGAGCAGGAAACAUCUACGACUGGAGGUACCUAUGCGGCCGAUGAUUCCGAUGGAGACGAUACGAAAUAUGAGAUCCAUUCCGACGACGAGGAGCUGCCUUUCAAAUGUUACAUUUGCAGAGAGAGUUUUGUAGAUCCGAUUGUAACAAAGUGUAAACAUUAUUUCUGUGAAAAAUGUGCUCUUGCUAACUAUAAAAAAUCAACCCGAUGCGCGAUCUGUGGCGUACAGACGAAUGGCAUGUUUAAUCCUGCCAAAGAGCUGAUAGCUCGGUUGAAGACCAGAGAGAUCAAUGAAGAUGAUUCGGACAGUGAUUAAUUCAAGAUAGCCUGUUAGUUUAAGACACAAAAUAGAAACAAAUAAAACAACCCAAAUACAACCCUUAGUCGAGUCAAGUA